AUGUCAGAAUAUUGUUUUAUUUGUACUCAUCUUUUAACUGAAAGUGAAACUGUAACUGUUGAUCGUGGUAUGAAGACACUGAUUAAUGCAAGUGCUGAAAGAGAUGAUGGAUACUCGGAAUUUCUUAAAAAACAAAAAUCUGUGACAAUACAUAGCAACUGUCGUAAAAUUUAUACGCGGAAGUGUUCUAUUGCUGCUGCCAUCAAAAGAAAACGCGAAGAACAAGAAGCUAACACAUCUACAGGAUCUACAGUAAGUAGUCCUCCUCGUACUAGAUCCCGUUCAAGUGAUUCAGCUUUUUGUUUUAAAAAACUAUGUUUAUUUUGUGGCAAUAAAUUGAAUGAAGAGUUGCAGAGAAAAAAAUCCUUAGAUCGUCGCAGUAAAAUUUGUCAAGUAAGUACACUCCAAUUCAAACAUUCAAUUUUGGAAGUAGCACGAACUCGUUCCGAUGCUAUAUCGAAAGCUGUUGUUGCUCGAAUCGAAUUUGACUAUGAUUUAGUUGCUGCUGAAGCAAAGUAUCACCAAGAAUGUUAUACUUCUUUUUUGAAACCGACUACUGGCGGUACAGUUGGUCGUCCUAAAGAUGAAGCAACAGAUCUGGCAAUGCAGGAAAUAUUUACAUACAUUGAGAGUAGCAAUGACUGUCAGUUUACUUUGGCUGAGUUAAAAGAUGUUAGCAAAAUUUUAACUUUAGAUAACAGGACUAUUAAGCUGCGACUUAAACUGAAAUAUGGCGAUAAAAUUAUUAUCACUGAAAAACCGGGAGCGUUAACAUUUGUAUGUUUGAUAAACAGUCACCAUGAAAUUUUAAAUCAAUCUUGGUCCGAAAAUAAAAAAAAUUAA